CUUGGCCCCGCAUCAUCUUUGGUAACUUACUCCAGUCAUCACUUAAGCCUCCUGGCCUUAGGAACAUUUGAGAAGUUGCUCGUAGGUGGGAUUUCUGUCAAUCGCAUCUAUCAACCCUCCCGUUUCAAGGUUCUGGUCUAGAAAGCCCGCAUCCUUUUCCCCCUUUGGAUAAACGGGUUCUGUCAUCAAACGCCUAAAAUAGUUCCAUCCUGGGUCCAUCUCAUUGGUCUAGCAUGGAAAACAGCCUGUGAGGUGAGCUGCCCUGGAGAUGCAGCAGGUAUGCUUCUAGCAGGCACGACGGAGCUUAUGGAAGCUUGAGUGCCUGGUUAGUUGCGUGCGCCUUGCAUUUCCUCUUUCUCACGUUCGUGUGUUUACCUAGAGGUACCUCCUCAAUCUGCUCUGUCCCCGCCAGGACAAUUUCCUUGCAGGGAAAAUGUCAACGAACAUCCAAGAUCACGAACUCUGUCUUGCACAAAAUGGCCACUAGGAACCUCUUGAACUUCAGCCUGGGUCUUUUCCACGUCUCCAUGGCCGUGGCAUCAUCAUCAGCCCAAUCUCUCACCGUCGGCUCCCCCUCCAACCCCCCCUUCGGCCUUCCUUCCUCCGACUUCGCCCUCGCCAUCGCACACCCCGUCUCGAACGCCUCAUUUCCAACCACAGGCUACAACGUCUCCAUCCCCGCGGGCCCCGCCGACGCCACCGGCAGUGAAAUUCCCGGGUGGUAUCUCUCCAUCAGCGUGGCAGCCAACAUACCCUUGACCAACGCAUCCGACACCUCCUCCUCCUCCAUAUCGGCCAAAGACAAAAAGAGCAAAUUCACCGAGGCGGCGGUCCUAUCGCUUGUGCCUCCUUCUACCCACCGACAGGAAGGGCUAGACGCCGAAAGCUGGAGGGUGUGCGCCAUCGUGUUUACCGGGGGGUUAUCGGGCGAGACGACGGAGACGGCGCAGACCGCGCGGUUGGACGGUACUUGUGCGGCGUUGUUGCCGAGUGAGUGUAUUCAGGGGUUGCAGAUCAAUAGCGUGGCGAAUAACACUGGGAAGGACAAGGAUGAUCUAGGGGCGUGUGGGAGUUUGGCGGUUCCUGAUGCGUGUUUGGAGUAUUUCGGGGGGACAGUCGGGGUUGGGUAUGAGAUCGAGAGCAGCAACUUUGAUCAAAGCAGUCGACGGUAUUCCUUCUUUGCGGCGGCUUCGGCUCCAGCUGGCAAAGACAACGCCUCGGCGCUUGUGGCUAUGGAGCGCGUGCCGCGAAGAAUGCAGGAAUGGGCAAGGGAAAGUCUAUGUGGGCUUUGA